AUGAGCAAAACUACUUGGGAUGAGUUAGUGAGUUCUGAAUGUAACCAAGAGCGUUAAUCAGAAUCAUCAGAGUUUAAAUUUGAGACCCUUUAAAAAAGAGGCAGUUAAACAACAGAUGCCGAAGCUAAACGUUACCAUAAAAUUCCAUUAAAAACACAAAUUUAAUUGUUUUAAAUGGUCUUUUAAUAAGGGAAAAGAAUAAAACAGGUUUAAGCUUGUAUACUAAAGUUAGGUUGCGAAAUCAUUGAGAAUGAAUUAUUCAAGUGCUAAGUCAUUGAUUCAUUAUUAUAAAAAAAAUAAAAGACCCAUUCCAAUAGCAAUAUCCAGCAUACUAAGCCUAAAUAAAACAUGUAUUAUUAAGGAAACAAGGUAAGGUAAUGAUAAUUUUUUCGUUGACAUACGAAUAAAUUAAAAAAGUAUUAGGAAAUAUAAUUAUUAUUAACAAUAAAGCAUAGAUCUUAAUAACGUAUCGAAAUGA